AUGAACAGUAUUGCAGAAACUUGUAAUAAUCUUAAAAGGGAAUAUGAUGGGUGUUUUAAACUUUGGUUUUCCGAAAAAUUCCUUAAAGGUGAUUUAGACGAUUCAAUGUGCUCAAAUCACUUCAAAUUAUAUAAUCAGUGUCUGCAGGCUUGUAAAGAAUUGAAAACAAAGUACGAUCGUUGUUUUAAUAAUUGGUUCUCUGAAAAAUUUUUGCGUGGAAUUUAUGAUGAUAGUGAAUGCGCAUCAUUACUUAAAGUUUAUACUGAGUGUGUAGCGGUAAGUUAAUAUAUGUAAAAAAAUUUUAUUUUUAAAUUUCUAACCUAACCUUUGUUAAUUUGCUAUUGUUUCUCCUCGAAAGUGAAAAGAUUAAAUAAUUCAAAAGAAAUCACUUGAAAGAUUUAUGAUUCUGUAUUGUCCUGAAAUUUGCAUGUCAGAAUCAUAAAUUUUUAAUUUAUCAACGUAAAAAUUUGAAAACGUAACUUUUAUUGGGAUUUCAAUAAUUUAAAAAAUCGCAUCGUUACUAUUAAUCUCUUUUAAAGUUUGAUGAAAUAAAUUGGCUUCUAUUGCUUUUUAUAGAUUCCUUGAAACAUUGUGAAACGUUAAAACAAUAUUUCAUUAUAAAACAAUUAUUGUCACAGUUUAAAGUGCAUGCUAUAUUCCAUAUAAUUAUGUUUCAGCAAGCCAUGAAAGAUCAAAAUAUAAAUAUAGAUGAGGUAAAUAUGGCUCAUUUGGGAACAGAACAAGAAAAGAAAACUGAAGAUUGA